GCCAGAAGGACCAACACCCGCCAUGCCACCACGCUCGAAAGCCGGACCUUCUUACUCCUCUUUUUGUUGUAGAUAUCCCGGAUGCAGGGCUACCUAUCAACGUAAAGAACACCUGAACCGACACGCGGCACAGCACGGUCAGGCAAAACGCUUCUCUUGUCCUCACUGCGACAGUAUCUUGGCCAGAAGUGAUCUCCUACGCCGCCAUGUCUACAAAUAUCAUCCCGAGAGGGAGCUCCCGUUAUCCCGAGCGCAACAGGCUUGUCGGGCCUGCCAUACACGAAAAGAACGCUGUGAUGGGGGUUCCCCAUGCAAUCCAUGCCAGAAGCGAAAGCUGGCCUGCUCGCGAACUCACCAGAUAACGGAUCAACACGACGAAAGGAAAUCGCCAGAUACCCAAUCGCUUUUCAACAAUGUGCCCGGCGCAUCUCGAUGGGUUGCCCAGGACUUUAUCGAUAUAUACUUUCGUGAAUUCCAUCCAAAUUGGCCUUUUUUGCACCGAGGAACCUUCAAGCUCGAGAAAGAACCAUGCAUCCUUCUCCAAUCCAUGCUAAUGAUGGGGCUGUGGAUCAGGGGUGAUCAAGUGGCACGGGAUACCGCGAUGACAUUUCACCGGAAACUUCUGUCUGCGAUUCAUGAUCAGAGGGAUCAGUGGUAUAUCCCCGAACCAACACCAACACGGAAUGAUGACAGUAAUGACAACCAUACUUCCUGCCCCAUGGCAACCUACCAAAGUAUCAUCAUACAGCUUAUCUUCGCUCUUCUGAUCGCGAAGCAUGAAAUGACUCUCGAUCUCAACCUCCGCUACCAACUCCCAGCCCCCCAAUACGACCUCCUCACCGCACUGGUAGCUACCUGUCGACGACGCGGCAUGUUCUCCUAUCCCACAAUGCUCGCGCAGCAAGACGCCGAUGCCCCAAUCGCCCUCAUCUGGGUCAGUGUGGAAGAGGUAAAGCGUUUCGGCUUGGCGCUUUAUAAAAUUUGUCGUUUAUGUUCGCGGGAAGAGAAAGAUGGUCGUGUGUCGACGCACAGAGAUGGGAGUAGUGUCUCUGAGCUUUUAACCCUAGCAGAUCUGGACUUUUGUCUACCCGAUAGCGAUGCCGCGUGGGAGGCUUCUUCAGCUUCAGGGGCAGAAGAUGGAUCUCUUCGGAGGCUUGCUGCGGGGCAGCCGUGUAGAGAUAAUCGAGAUCCAGAGGGUUGGAUAUCCCGGACGUCGGGGAGGUUGUGCGAUGCGGGGCUUGGAUUUGACUGGAUUUAAUAAACCUACCAUGGCUCGUUGUGAUAUAUUAUCAUUGAAUACUCUAAUUUAUUCAUGGGAG